CCGCGUGCUCACUGGGCCUAAGCUAGACUGCAUCAAUUAGCGAAUGCGCUGUUCACAGCUCAACGCUGGCCAGUGUCAAAGGUGCUACAGGUGAAAAAUCCAGCGAUCAGCCAGUACAGAGUAAAGGUGUUUUCGAUCUCUAGCACCCGUCCAACUUAGAAGAAAGGGGGCCUCAAAUUCGACCAUCACCUGAACAUCAUGGAGGGCGAGGACCAAGCUAUGACGGACGCGCCUAAUGGCCUCGAUGAGUCCCACGCUGUUCCCGUCCCUGAACAAGAAGCCGCCGAUACGUCAGUUAGCAAUGGCAUGAAUGUCGAUACGAAUGAGAGCGAUAGUUCUGAAGGGUCUAUUGAUACUGAAGAUCUAAUCAGAUCUAUGCGGCGACGGGGAUUAUUACCUACCGGCUGCUGUUACGAUGACAGGAUGAAGCUUCACGCGAACGCAGACUUUGGUCCCUCGCCCCACCACCCGGAAGACCCUAGACGGAUUGAAGAAAUCAUGAAGAUUUUCAAGAAAGGCGGUCUCGUUUUUACGGGCCCUGACUCUAAGCUUCUUGAUAUCCUUAAAGACAACCCCACGAAGUACAUGUGGAGGAUCCCAGCUCGCCCGGCAACGAAACAGGAGAUCUGCACGGUACAUACCCCAAGACAUUAUGAUUGGGUCCAGAAUCUGUCGGAGAUGUCCACUAGAGACCUACGGGUCCUUAGCCACAGUCUGGACCAAGGUAGAGCCUCUCUUUAUGUAGGUGGUAUGUCAUACGAGGCUGCAUUGCUUGCAGCGGGAGGUGCCGUCGAAACAUGCAAAAAUGUCGCCGCCGGCAAGGUCAAGAAUGCUUUUGCCAUUAUCCGGCCACCUGGACAUCACGCAGAAUUCGAUACGCCUAUGGGAUUCUGUUUAUUCAACAACGUCCCUAUCGGUGCCAAGGUCUGCCAGAACGAAUACCCGGAUACUUGUCGCAAGAUUCUCAUCCUAGAUUGGGAUGUUCAUCAUGGGAACGGCGUGCAGAACAUGUUUUACGAGGAUCCAAAUAUCCUCUACAUAUCUCUUCACGUGUAUGCCAACGGCGAUUUCUACCCAGGAAAACCAGACAACCCUAUGAUUCCAGAUGGGGACAUAGACAAAGUUGGCGAAGGUCCCGGCCGGGGAAAGAACGUAAAUAUUGCCUGGCCAUCUCAGGGUAUGGGAGAUGGCGAGUAUCUGGCGGCUUUUCAGAAGAUUGUCAUGCCAAUUGCUCACGAGUUUAACCCAGACAUGGUUAUCAUCUCUGCUGGUUUCGAUGCGGCUGAUGGUGAUGAGUUAGGCGGAUGUUUCGUCACGCCCCCUUGCUACGCUCAUAUGACACACAUGUUAAUGUCCUUGGCCGGCGGAAAGGUAGCCGUCUGCCUUGAGGGAGGCUAUAACUUGAAAGCGAUUUCUCACUCGGCUCUAGCCGUUGCCCGCACACUGAUGGGAGAGCCGCCGCCUAAAAUGGACAUACCUCCUAUUAAUAGGGAGGCUGCGAAGCUACUGGUUAAGGUCCAGGCAGCUCAAGCCCCUUACUGGGAAUGUAUGAGGCCGGGCAUAAUUGACGUCAGGGAAUUAGGUGACAAGGCGUCUCGUCUGCAUGAUGUCAUCCGCGGAUACCAACGACAAGUACUAUCCGAGAAGUAUUCUAUGAUUCCCCUCUUCAUCCAACGAGAGGUCCUCUAUAAAUCAUUUGAGAAUCAAGUUCUCGUCACACCGGGGCUAGAAGCAAAGACAAGAGUUAUUUUCAUUAUUCAUGAUCCUCCCGAACUAAAGGUGAUGCCUGAUCUUGUGGACAAUACAGUUGAUCCUCACAACGGUUUCAUAAUGGAUGGCGUCCUAUCCUACAUUGACUGGGCACAUAAGAACCACUUCGGUAUCGUUGAUGUUAAUAUCCCGCAUUAUAUAACUCACACCGAGGACUUGGAUGCGUAUACCCCUCGUGCAGAUGAAAAGACGUUGCAACGGCAGAUCCAGGAGCUAGUAUGCUAUAUCUGGGACAACUACCUCCAGCUCUACGAUUGGGAUCAACUGUUCUUAGUAGGCGUGGGCAAUGCAUACUUGGGGGUCAAGGUCCUCUUGACGAAUCGAGAUUGCAAGGAUCGAAUCACAGGCGUCAUCAACUUCGUAACAGGAAACCUGCGGCCAGUCAAGUCUGAGACGGAUACGGAGUUAUCGAGUUGGUAUAAGCAAAACUCCCUCGUAUACGUGACUAACGACCAUGCUUGCUGGGGGGACGCUGAUCUAGCGAAGAAAGUACUGAAGAAGCGGUUUGGAGGCGUGCAAAGGAGCCCUCAAGUCGGGCUAAACCGUAUGAUGGAAGCACACGCAACGGAGGUGUAUCAAUUCAUUCGUGAUAAAGUUGAGCAAGCUCAAAGCGGCAAUACCACAGAGGAAGAGAAAUGAGCUUGAAGAAGAUGUCAGUUUCUAAGGAUAUUAGAGCAAACGGUUGUAUAUACCAGAAGUGUAAGCCUAAGGUUGGUAUAGGGGCAUAUAUCUGCCUCGAAGAGGGAGUGUAUGCGCUUCGAUGCCUCGACGGCUUGGCUUUUCGACGCAUCAAUGUAUCGCUGUGUCGAAGAAUCGGGCAACGAUGCCGGAGGUCUCUCUUCUGAAGCCCCAUCUCAUAUUUGACGCUUGACCGUAACGAGUUUGAGUCUUAAUCUUCAUGAAAUCGUCUUCCUAUCUCAUGCGUAAACUAUAUAAUCUCACUCUGGGUGAUGAACUAGUUUCUUCUUCUCUUUUCUUUUUACAAGAAAUGUAAACAAACUUUCCUUCAUCACAUUCAUUCGCAAAUCUUUCGCAUUUCUUGCAUUUCUUCCACCACACACUUCCUUCAUUCACUCAUUCACAACCACGUCUUUACUUACCUACACACAUCCC